UUCCCCGUCUGUCUUUACAGAGAGACUUCUCUUUUUCUCAUUCAUUUUUCCACCUGAGGAAAAAAAAAAAGGCUAAUUCGAAUCUCUUUCUCUCUCGCUUUGCCUUUUUGUCGCCAUGAGUCUCUUUGGGCUUGGGAGGAAUCAGAAGACUUUCCGUCCUAAAAAGAGUGCACCUUCUGGAAGCAAGGGUGCACAGCUACGAAAGCAUAUAGAUGCCACCCUAGGAAGUGGGAACUUGAGAGAAGCUGUAAGACUUCCUCCAGGAGAGGAUGCAAAUGAAUGGCUUGCUGUAAACACUGUGGAUUUCUUCAAUCAGGUGAAUUUGCUAUAUGGUACCCUUACCGAGUUCUGCACACCAGAUAACUGUCCUACAAUGACUGCUGGCCCCAAGUAUGAAUAUAGAUGGGCAGAUGGUGUACAGAUCAAGAAGCCAAUCGAGGUUUCUGCUCCAAAAUAUGUCGAGUACUUGAUGGAUUGGAUCGAGACUCAACUCGAUGAUGAAACCCUGUUUCCUCAAAGGCUUGGAGCACCGUUUCCUCAGAACUUCAAGGAUGUGGUGAAAACGAUCUUUAAACGGCUAUUCCGUGUGUAUGCACAUAUAUACCAUUCUCAUUUCCAGAAAAUCGUUAGCCUCAAAGAAGAAGCUCAUCUCAACACUUGCUUCAAACAUUUCAUCCUCUUUACUCAUGAGUUUGGACUGAUUGACAAGAAAGAACUCGCACCUCUACAAGAACUCAUAGAAUCUAUCAUUGCACCUUAUUGAGCAAAAAAA